AAUAAGUCAAUUCAAUGAACUUGCGGGAAGCGAAUAAAGAUUUUGAAUAUUCUCUAAAUUUUGCUUUUAUCUUCCAAUUUUAACAAUUUCUUUAUAAGUUACCAUGGACGACCAAGCAUGCCCACGUUGUAAAACAACUAAGUAUAGAAAUCCAUCUCUGAAAUUGAUGGUAAAUGUGUGUGGUCAUACAUUAUGCGAAAGUUGUGUUGAUUUGCUGUUUCUUAAAGGUUCUGGAUCAUGCCCCGAAUGCAAUGUACCACUCAGACGAAGCAACUUCCGAGUUCAAAUGUUCGAAGAUCCCAUGGUCGAGAAGGAAAUAGACAUCCGUAAAAGAGUUCUCAAGGAUUACAAUAAAAAGGAGGAAGAUUUUGAAACAUUGAGAGAAUACAAUGAUUAUUUGGAAGAGAUAGAGACUAUAAUCUUUAAUUUAACAAAUAAUAUAGAUGUGGUGAACACCAAUAAGCGGAUAGAACAGUACAAAAAAGAUAACAGAGAAAUCAUAAUGAAGAAUAAGGUUAAAAUUGGUCAAGAGGAAUUAGAACUUGAAGAAAUUCUAGAAAUAGAGAAACAAAUGGAAGAAUUACGUCGUACUGAAGUAGUUCGAUUAGAGCUGGAGGCCAAGAAACAGAAGAUCAGGGAGAAAGAAGCACUUAUUGAUGAGUUGAUGUUUGCUGAUGGUGAUGCAAAGGAGAUAUUGAAUACAUUUGCACAGAAUGUUGCUAGUAAACAAGAAGAGGCAGUGCCUCCUUUGCCGUUGGUGACUCAAUUCUCAACUGGUGUGAAGUUUACGUGCGGUUCAGCCCAGUCACAUUUGCCUGUGAUAGAGGAAGGUCCACUGUACAGAUACGAACCACCAAUUACGCCUGACCGAAUUGGCCCAGACCCACCGACUAUUGAAGAAAUCAUCAAUGAAGGUUAUUUGCAGCAUGUGAAAGCAGAGAAUGAUACAGAGAAAGCGGGUGGUUACACAUCAACGCUGCCGUGCCUGCGCGCUCUGCAGGAUGCACUCGCAGGCCUGUACCAUACCAGCUGACAGGGAGACCAAGUCGUCGCAGACACAAUUAUUGUGCUUGAUUAGUUGUUUUGUUGCUGGACUGGACUGGAAUGUAAAAUAUUUAGGUAUUGCACGGAUUAAGAGUGUCUAUAUUUUCACGGAAUAAAUAUGUCAAGAAUAGUGACAUCAUUGGCGUAGUUAAGGUUAUUUUCAUGGGGGAGGGGGCUGGCCUUUUAUAAAGCGCAUAUACACAUCUUUGCAAUGCUUAGCUCGGAUAUAUGGGUAUAAUUAUGGUAUGGGCACUGUCCAUCCAGCCUCCUCUUAAAUAUGUCUCUAAGUAAUAUUUGUAUAACUUGUUAAAAUUUAAACAUAAGCGAUUUUUUAUACAGAGCGAAAUCGAAGUCAUUAGCGUCCCUUCAAAAGAGUAUUUUACCAGUAACGAGUAAGAAAUGUGUCAAAAAACAAAAAAAAAAAAUGUUGCCUGCUAAUUUAACAGCUGGACGCCUUAUUACUAAUUUUAAACUUUCGCGUUAUUUACACACAUUUUAAUGCACUAUCGGGACUUAACACAACGAAAAAUAUUUGCAGGUAAAUAGUACCUACAUACCUGCUUCAUUAUCGACGUUUCGAGAAGGAUUGUACCACGUCGUGGUCACGCAGGAUUAUGUAGGUCAGAAAUAUCGGCAAUAAAUAAGUAGCCAUGUACUGUUUACCUACAAAAUGUUUUUUAUCGCGAUAAGACCCGAAAGUGUAUUUAAAUAUAGACCCGUCAUGUUACUAUAGGAGGCUCAAAAUAAUAUAAAAUGACAAAAUUGUGCUUCCGAUACUAUUUCAAAAGCUGAACACGCCGUAUUGGUAUGAGAUACUCAAAAUUAUUUGUCGUUUUUCAAUUCAUAUUUCUUAUCUCGUUCCCUUCAAAGGAUGCAAAAAAUCUGUUUCAGCCUGUAUAAAAUAAUAUACAUUGUAUAAAUAAUAAAAUAAACAUGUAAACAAUAAAACUACAUCAAAAUUACAUAAGAAUUGCCUUAAUGAUAAAACUGAGAUCGCCACUUGAAAUGGCAGUCAAUAAAUAUUGUUUCUACAACUACACAAUUCGAAAUAGGAAGUCCCGUAACGGUUCUUCUAAACGUCAACAAAAUUUUUGUUGAGAUUUCAAAUUUGGAAUAGAGUGUAGAUUGGUAUUGCCAUAUAAGAGGAUCUUCUCAAUAAGAUAUGCAACGAUGCGAGCUCGCUUUAGGUUUUUUUUAUUGUUUUUACAAAACGACUGGAAAGAGACAGGGAAGUUUGAGAUAACUUUGCAAAUCCAAUGUUGUAAUUUACUUUAGUGAUGUUGAAAUUAAGGUUCAAUUUUAGAUGUCAACGAAAUUUUGUUGUAUAUAGUGUAGUUUUUUAUGGGUUAUAAAGGAAUGGUAACUCCACCUGCGCUGUUGAUAUACGUAGGCGAGGUACCAGUGAGGGAUAAUAGAUGGAUUCAAGUCGAUUAGUCUUUUGUGACAAAUUUACCAACAAUUGACUACAAUGGUUUCCAAGAGGGAUUGGUGUUUGAUGAUUUGGUGUUGGGGUCAAUCUGACAGGGUAUAUUGCUACAUUCUACUCCCUCUAAGUAGUAAGGGUUGGUGUAGAAAUAUUAAGUUAUUCAGUUACUGAAAAUUUUUGAUGUGGGUGGGAUUUAAACUCGUACCUUCUCUUUCGCGCCUGGUUGGUAUACUUCUCUAUUUACACAAUGUAUGUUUAAACUUUAUUAUAUUAAAAUUUUUUAUUUUGUGAAUGCACGCCCUGAAAAUACUUCGCCGUGAAGAUAAAAUGUGUUGUGAAUUUGUGAUUGUCCAGUGAUAAAAUAUCUAAGAAGUGUUAAAUAAGAGGUUAGUUUUUUAGAGUGCCGUGGGAGAUGGCCGGUAGCCAAUGAGGUUUUUGUUUUUGUUUAUACCUAUAUUCCAAAUAGUAUCCUAAAAUAAUUAAAUAGAUACGACUUGUUCUUUCUUGUAUAUUCAUAAAUGGAAAACUUAUGUUGAUCGUUU